GUUACGACUGGUUACACCUUAAUGUCAAACUGCAUUUGCGCCGUUUAUCGAAGGCUAUUAAUAUUUGUGUGUGAUUUGUGUUUUUUUUUGUUUCUGUAUCAUAUGAUAUAUAAAUAUUAAGUAUGUCAAGUUUUUAUUUAUAAGUUGUGUAUAACUUUUAAUAUUUUCUGUCCAAAAUUAUUUUUGAGCAAAGUGUAGCGACGUAAAUAUUGAAUGAAAUAAAAGAACGUUAAGAAUCAACUUAUUGUAACCUAUAAAUUUGUUUCUUCCUUGUCUAAGUUAGCAGCCAAUUCGUAAGAAGACGUGAUAUGGUUCAACAAUAUCAAUCACCUGUUCGGGUGUAUAAGCAUCCUUUUCCACUCGUGAUGAUGGCAUACGAACGGAGAUUUCCUACUUGUCCGAAAAUUCCUGUUUUUGUGGGUUGCGAGAUAGUUUCUGACGAAGAAAGUAAAAACGGCUCAAUUAGAAUAACAGAACGACGGUGUAAAUUAAAUGUAGAAGCACCAUAUAUUUUAAAAAAGAUUAUUGGAGUAGAUUUCGUAUAUUUUAUUCAAAGGAAUGUUUUAGACAGACGAAAUAGUGUUCUAGAGAUAGAAGCCUAUAAUGAAAGCUUUUCAUCCAGGGUAACAGUUAUUGAAAAAUGUAGAUAUUUUGUUCAUCCGGAAAAUCCAGAAUGGACAUGUUUUGAACAAACUGCAAGUUUAGACAUUAAAAACUUUUUUGGUUUUGAAAAUUCAAUGGAAAAAUUAGCAAUGAAACAAUAUGCUCAAAAUAUUGCAAAGGGUAAGGAGAUAAUUGAAUAUUUUAUAAACCAAUUAAAAGAAGAAGGUAUUAUAUAUGUACCUCCGUGGAAAGAUCCAAAUGAAACAACUGAAAAAGGUGAAGAAAAUAUUGCGAAAAGUCAAGAAUCUCUCGGUCCAGAAGAAACUUAUUCUUAUGUGGAUAACAAAUUACAAAAUAGAGAAAUGCAAUUAUCUUCGGAUUACAUAGAAAGAUACUUAGGAAAGCUUGACAUGAUACAAGAAAGUAAGCUUCUUCAAUUACGACAAAGCAUAAAGGAAUUGAGAGGCAGUUCAAUACCUGGAGAUGCGACUCUUUUAAGAUUUUUAAGAGCUACGGAAUUCUCAGUCGAGAAAGCAAAAGAAAUGCUAACACAAACAUUACAUUGGAGAAAGAAGCAUCAAAUUGAUAAAUUACUUGAAGAAUAUGAGAUACCACAAGUAGUGAAAGAUUACUUUCCCGGUGGCUGGCAUCAUUUUGAUAAAGAUGGUCGACCUUUAUAUAUUUUAAGAAUGGGACAAAUGGAUGUAAAAGGAUUAUUAAAAUCUAUUGGGGAAGAUGACUUGCUGUUGCUAGUAUUGCAUAUUUGUGAAGAAGGAUUGGUUUUAAUGGAAGAAGCAACUGCUGUUUCUGGUCAUCCAGUUUCACAAUGGUGUCUAUUAAUAGAUCUUGAAGGUUUAAAUAUGCGUCACUUAUGGAGACCUGGUAUAAAGGCUCUGUUACGUAUCAUCGAAAUCGUUGAAAUAAAUUAUCCAGAAACUAUGGGAAGAGUUUUAAUUAUGCGAGCGCCCAGAUGUUUUCCUAUUUUAUGGACAUUGAUAAGCACGUUUAUAAAUGAAAAUACAAGAAAAAAAUUCAUCUUUUACUGUGGUACCAAUUAUCAAGAACAAGGUCCAGGCAGCCUAAGUGAUUAUAUAGACCCUGAAUUUAUUCCAGAAUUUCUCGGAGGAUCGUCUGAGGCUUACAUCACUGAAGGAGGAAUUGUGCCGAAACAUCUAUAUAAAAUGGAACUGGAACCUACAUCAGCUCAAGAAGAGCAUAAUCUAUAUCAUUCUAUUAGCUUAAGCCGUGGACAAAUUCAUCGUGUAAUAAUUCGUUGUAAUGAUCCAGGAGCAGUUUUAACAUGGGAUUUCGAUGUAAUGCGUCAUAAUAUAAUAUUUACCGUACUUUAUCAAGCUUAUGAUGAUGCCAAAAAUCUUUCUUUGGAGUCUGUUACGGAAGAAGAUGCAGAGUUAUUAGAGAUGAAAGAAAUUAAAGGACAUUUCAUUAAAGUCGAACCAAGCGUUGUUUGUCAUGAUGGUGAAAGUAUUCAAGGUUCUCAUAUAAUGCAAGAUGCGGGUAUAUAUAUAUUGCAAUGGAACAAUCAAGAUGAUCCAGGAGAAUUUCUUCCAUCCAUUAGUGGUCAUAAAGCUCAGCUUAUGUAUUUCUAUGAAACAUUAUCUUCAGUUCAUUACAGGGGAUCUAUGAUGAGCUUGCAAUCUGCUAUAAGUACAAAAUCAGAAGCAACUUCAUUUUUGUCCAGAUGACGUGUAAACCAUCCAUUAUAGAGCAUUUACCAACGUUUGGAAUUACCAAAGCAUUGAAAAAAUGGCUUUGUUUAAAUAAAUUUAUUAAUUUGUUCUAGAAUUUCUUCCA